AUGGGUCUAGAGCUUGGUUUAGGCUUUCUGGAUAGAAUAACCGGUGCAAGAAAUGGAGCAUUUCAACAUUUGGAGGAUUUUACUGAUCGGCUAAAUCAUUUUUUCAGUUGUGCUAUAAUUCUAAUGUUAUCUGGUGUAACAAUGGCAAAUGUUUAUUUCCUUAGACCGAUAACCUGUACACUGCCUACAGCACCAGAUAAUAAAUUCAAUGAAUUCGCUGAAUCUGUCUGCUGGGUACGAGGUACUGUAGCUGUACGUGAGAAGGAUGAAACACCGACAAGUUAUGAAGAUUGGGAAAGAUUACGUCAGAAAGCUGAUAUAU